CCGCCGCCGCCGCCAGCAACAAGUCGGGUGAGUGCGGCGACCUUGCGGGCGCCGAGGCCCGCGCCGAGCCCGGCCCCGCCCCGCUCCGGCGAGGCCCGUGCGGCGGCGGCCGAGGCGAGCGGAGCCGCUCCGAGCCGCGCCGGGCGGAGCCGCCGGGGCCGGGCGGCUGGAGCGCCGCGCCGGGCGGGCGCGUCCCCGGGCGGAGAUGGCGCGGCACCCCUGAGGAAUCGCCGGGAAAGUUUCCCAAGUUUCCCCGUCGGGCGCGGACCCGGGCUGUUCCCUCCCGGCGAGGAAUGCAACAGACGGCCCGGGAUGAAGGCGGGCACCCCUGGCCGGAGCCGCUCGGCAGCGUCAGCCUCCCCUUCCGCUGCCCGCGAUGCGGUGACCACACCAGGUUCCGGAGCCUCUCCUCCCUGCGGGUGCACCUGGAGUACAGCCACAGCUUCCAGGAGAGCAGCCUGCUGGCCAGGAGCAGCCUGUUCUCGCCGCUGAAGGAUGCGGAGCUGGUGUCCCCGCCGGAGCCCGCGCCCCAGGGCAGCCCGGGGAGCCCCGGCGGCUCCGCGGGGCCCUUCCUGAACUUGGGCGGCGCGUCCUGCGGGAGCGGGAAGGGCGGGCAGCCGCGGGAGCUGCCCGCGGAGCGCCCCGGCUCCUACCUGGCCAACUAUGUGUCGGCUGAGUCUCCCAGCGAGCAGGUGUCCAAAGCCGGGCUCCCGGCCACUGACUCCAAAGCCUCCUUCGAGGCACAUGUCCGGGAAAAGUUUAACAGGAUGGUGGAUGCCGUGGACAAAACGAUCGAGAAGCGGAUCGACAAGCUUACCAAAGAGCUGUCGCAGAAGACGGCGGAGCUGCUGGAGGUGCGGGCGGCGUUCGUGCAGCUGUCCCAGAAGAAGCAGGAGGUGCAGCGGCGGGAGCGGGCCCUGAGCAGGCAGGUGGACGUGGCCGUGGAGAUGAUCGCAGCCCUGAAGCAGCGGCUUAGCGAGUCCGAGGAGGAACUUCACCGCAAAGAGGAAGAAGUUGUUACUUUCAACCACUUCCUGGAAGAAGCAGCAGAAAAAGAAGUGCGGGGGAAAGCCAGGCUGCAGCACUUCAUCGAGAACCUGUUGCAGCGCGUGGAUCUGGCGGAGAGGCAGCUGGAGUAUUACCAAAAUCAGCAGAUGGUGUGCCACCACACCGACGGCAGCGAGCACGUGUUUACAGACAUUUCAUUAAAUAAGAAACCCAGAUGCCUGAGCCGAGGAAGUCAACAUGCUUCAUAUAACAUCCCUGAUGCAAAGCCUCAUUCCUUUCAAAAAGGAAGAAUCUUGUUGAAAAAAGCAAAGGAUGAAAAAACCAGCUUGCAGCCAGUAAAAUGCUUCUAUGAACCUGUGGAUUGCCCAAGAGAGAUAUGGAGAGCACAAAAGAAGGGUGAACCAGUCUGCUCUGCCAGGAAAGUGAGCUCAAAAUCAAAGAUGGGUAAAAAGGCCAAGCCGCUACAGGAGCGGUGAGCAAUACACAGUGAUGCAGGAACUUGGCUUCGACACAACAAAUAUUGAACGAAGUUAGUCAUCCCACUUUUUCCUAUCCAUCUGGCCAUGCCAAAACAUAUCAGAUAUAAUAUAUAGAAAUAUAUACAUAUGGAAGAUUUAUAUUAUUUAGUAACGCCAUUCCCUCUUUGGGCGCUGUAAGAGAAGUGACAUUUUAUUCAAUUUACUUGGAGGUUUUUCUAUUUAUUCAUGUAUUUAUUUAUUUAUUCAGUCAUUUAUAGAACUUAUUUUAAAUGACUGCAGUUAUCUUGCUGGGCAGUACUGUGGCUGUACGUUUAAUUAUUUUACUGGCAGCAUGUGGCCUGGUAAUUUAUUUUCCAUCUGUGUUGUUGCCGAAGUUCAGAAGAAUCCAUUUAAUCGGCACCUAAAUAUCCAAUCUUUCAGCUUAGGUAGGUGUAAGAUCAAUGACUAACUGUUACCUGCACAGACAUACUUAGAUGCAAAAAGUCUAAUGGAGUUGCCUGAAGGCUGUUUACAGCAGUAGAUUGCUACCCUGGAUUUCCUGCUAUAGGCCCAGUCAAACACAUUUCCAUGUUUUAUUGGGUACAUUAAACCACUCAAUCUUGCCAGCAGCCACAUUGCCCUGUUGGUACAAGUUUGGGCUCCUCUGGUGUCACUUAACAAGGAAACCAGAAGCUGGUACUGCAGCUCUGACAAGCACGGACUGAAUUGAGCCUGGAGGAGGAAUUUCAGUGCCAAGUGCCAGUGGCAGGUUUUCAGCUGUGGCACAGAGAGUGAGGGGCUAAAGCAACAUGUUACUGCAUGGCACUGUGCUCAGUGCCUGUGCUUGUUUUUAGGCAUGAGAGGCCUAAAUAGCCACCAUCAUAACCCAGAUCCUUCACAUUUUUAUCCCUGAAGAAUCUUUACAGGACUGAGAGAUCCCUGAAUUUCAACUAAAUGCCCAAGUGCAAGGAAGUUAGAGGUGAUAGCGGAAUAGAAAUGCACAUGUUUACAUUGGUUUGUGCCAAUUAAAAGGAUCCUUAUUUAUCAGAGUAUUUAUUUAUCAAGAUGAUUUUUUGCGUGUACAGUUUUUGGUAACAUGAAUCCUUAUGCCAUGUUUACAGAUAUGAACAUCCUGAUGAUGUUACUGAUGAGAUUUGUUUUCUCAAGAAAAAGAAAGGAUAGGCGAGACAAGUCUGUGUGAUUUAUUUUUUAAAUGCUCAUAACAGAUGUAAAUUGUUUAUGUGGAAGGUGAUUUUUACAGUAUGUGUACAAAGAUUUGUGAAAAAUGUUUUUCAUUUUUUAUAACUAUGUCUGUAAGCAGAACUGAGUAUUAAAAGACAGUGUAUCACUAUGAUUACUGCUGCAAUAAGCACGUGAGUUGCAAUAUUUUUAAAGCAGAAGAUGACUGAUCAGUCAGCUAUGAUCAGGUAACUACAGAUGUCAUACAUUUGUCAGUGUACAGACCUCCCAGAAAGUAGCAGAGUGAAGAAAGAGAGUUUUAUUCCUCACUUUUAUUUUAAAUAGUAUAUAUAGAACAAUCAGAUAUAUGUUUAAAGUUUCUCAACACUGUUUCAGUAGAAAGUCACAGUGUAAAACCGAUUCAGGUAUUUAGCUUGUAAUGAUAUUUUAAUAUUUAUUUAAUUACGUCACAAGGCCACACUUGGCCUUAUGCUCGACAUUGUGUGUGGUGAAAAGGAGUUGUUCGUUGUGUUGCAUGGGCUUGGGUCAGAUUGUGUGUUACAACAACUUUUAUAGGCAAACUACAAAAUAGAAGCAUCCUUGAGUUUUUUCUGUUGCUUCCCACAUCCUUUUACAAACCUGAAAAAAUUACCUUUAUUGAAGGUAAUAAAGGUAAACUUUAGAAAGAUAAUAAAUUAAAAUAUAUUAAUCUGUUUCUUUAUCCACUUGACACUGAAAGAAUAUUUUUAUUUUUAAAUGCCUAUCUACUCUAUUAGUCACCAAAGUUAAGUGCAACUACUAGUUCACAAAUGAGAUGUUUAUUUUAUUAUUUAUUACACCAAAAUCUUGACUGUAAGUUGUCCUUUUGGGGGAGGAAAAGAGUAAAAGAAGGUGCAUGUUCUUAAACUUCUCAAAACCUAAUUUACAGUUACUUGCUGAAAUAUGCCAGGUUAGUUAAUUAGGAAGAAAUUGGAUUGUACUGUAACCCCAGAUAAAAAUUUCUAGAAUAUAAACAUUCUAAUAAUAAAGAUAUAUUUCUCAAUUA